GCGUCUCAAAAGCUCUUUCGCUUGGAGGAUGAGAAGGCCGUGUCUACUGUUGGGAUCGCCUUCUCCUUUCAAAAUGCCCACCGCAGUUGUAGAAUUCAUGUUGACUUCUACCUUCCUCAAGCCCAUUCCCCAUGUGAUCUUUAAACCCUCAACUACACCUUUAAGCUCUGCCUAGUAAUGGUGCAGGCUCCCAGUUUGCACAUAAACGCUGCCAAGCACUUCCCUAAGUUGUCUCUAAGAAGACCUCCCGUAACAACAUUGUUGUUAGAGCUCUGAAAGCUUCCAUCAUUUUGAAGUUGGAUCCAAUCUUCUGGUGGUGACUUCCAAGAUAUGAACCUCCUUUCUCUAAUGGUUCUCGUUCCUUGUUCAACAAAGGCAACAUUCGCCACAACAUUGGUGUUAAUGGAAAAGCAAGCCUCAAUUCUUUUGAUCAGGCCCACUUCGGAGAAAAUUUUCCCGUCCAUUGCUUCCUCAUUCCGUUGUUUCCAUAUACACCAUCAUAUGAUACCGAACUCCGUUCCUUUACUCUCAUCUUUCAUGUUUUUGACCAGCCAGGUCUUGAAGUCUUGGCUGGGGGUAUGGUCCGAAACUCGAUCUUUGAAGUGUCCCAUGACACCUUUGAUCUUCUUUCAGUUUUGGAGAAUAUGCUCCACAGUUUCCUUAGUAUUGCUGCAGUGAGGGCAGCUGCUGUUGGUGGUGAACCCUCUCUUCGAUUUUUCCUUGUUAGUCAUCAGUCUGUUGUGUGUCAUCAGCCACAGGAAGUGUUUAAUCUUGCUAGGGCCUUUCCAUUUCUAGAUGCCUUUCUAGAUAACAUCAUCCUCCCUCCCCAAAGCAUCAGAGGCAAGGCUGUAGGCAGAUUUAAGUCUGAACUUCCCAUCCUUUUCCACUCUCCAAAUGUGCUUGUCCUCCCCCGAGCCAGGAACAUGAACAUUUGUACCUGCAAUCAGCGACAAGAUCUCAUCAGGUAGUAGAUUAUUGAGUCUACUCCAGUCCAAGUUACCAUCCUCCAUGGUCUAGUCAGCAACUGUAGAGCUCCUCUCUUCCUCACUAAUAUCAUGUUACAGGAAGUCAACAAGGAUGAUGUCAUGAUCAAUCCAUGGGUGGGUCUAGAAACCAGUGGAAGUUCCAUCACAAACACUCCGGCCUAUGGCACUCUUAUUAGUGGCAUUGCUUUAAGGACAACUUUCCAUAGACUUGAGUGAUUGCUCUUCUUCAUAGAGACAAGCAUUCCAUCUUUAUGGUUAAAAUACUUCCCCUAUAAGACCUGCACCCAAAGAGCUUUUUCAUCAUUGAAAAUGGGUCACGCAAUCUUAAUCAUGUAAGCCACGUUGAGACAUCUAGCAUAUUUAAGGCCGAGGUCACCCUGGCUUUUAGGUUUGCAGAUAGUAUCCCACGAGACGAGGUGAACUUUUCUCCUCCCUUCCUGGGACCCCACACAAACCACCUAACCUUUCUAUCAAUUGCAUCACAAAUAGAAACAGGGAGGUUGCAGUUUGCAUGACAUAUGUAGGUAUAACAUUCAAAACAGAGAGAGCAAGGGUAACUCUCCCUGCAAGGGAAAGCGUUUUCUCUUUCCAAGCAGUCAGUCUUUUAUCAAUCUCAUCUAGGAUAUACCUAUAAGUGUUCGUAGUAAUCCUACCAUGUAGAACUGGAACCCCAAAUUAACCUCUUUUCCUUCACUCGACUUCAUCAUUCUUCAUCAUAAGUGUCCGAAGCUCACGAUGCCAUCUAAUAUUUCAAUACCUGAUGCAAGAAAGCAAUAUAGGAUACAUCAUAAGUGUUUGAAGCUCACGGUGCCAACUAAACAUGAUUUUUAUUCUCCAUUUCCAUAAUUUUAAGAUAACACCAAAAAGCAUAAACAACCAACCAUACUAAACCGAAACUCAGAGUGAAUACAAGGUCAUUUGGCUGUGGUAAUUUAACGCAAUAAUUGGACCCAAAUCCCACGAAAUGCAUAUAUUUGGUGGUUCUCCGAUGAGAGGAGCUCUUCCUCAGCCGUCCCAUCUUCUCCACCGCUGCCUCCAAAUUCCCUUUCUGUGUCGCCCAACAACUCCAAUCACCAACUCACUAUUUUUAUUUGCCGCUAUCGCAAUCCCAUUAUCUCUUUCAUCUUCGUUUUGAGCUUCAAUUAACGGAUGUGAGCUUCAAAGGGGUUCGAUUAGUAGCUACCACUAUAAUUGAAAUUAAAUUUAGCAUCCCUAGUUAGAAGGGGGUUCAUUGCUUACAAGCUCUGUGCAUGAGAGAUUAAUCAGUUGACUUGCGAUCUCCUAUAUUGCUGAAUUUUGUUGUUGUGUUGUUGCUUUUGCUAUACUGUUGAAUUGUCGUUGCUAUUGGAUCCCUUCCCUAUGUUAUUUGUACCAUGAUCAAUAUGUUUGGUUUCUUUGAAUAAUAUGAUAUCCUUUAAUAAGAUCCUAAAGCUAUUGUGGAUGGCUAGUGUUUAAGUCAGUGUGGUGCAAGUUUUCUAUUUGGUGGCAGCAAAAGCAAUGGCAACAAGAACAACUAGCAACAAAAUCAGUUACUAGCACAAGCAACAAGGAGUGAUUGGAUUCUUUCAUUAGAGAGUAAUUGUAUUUGUCACUAGCAGUCGCAUACUUCACAUACACAAUAUAGUGGUUAGAUUGUUGCUACGGUUUUAUUCAAUAGUUCAAAAGUUCAAGGAUUGAGAAUAAUGCAUUGUGAGAUGAGUGAAGAAAGGCUUUAAAGAGAGUACAAAAACACUUAACAUGGAAAGGGGUUUAUAUGUCCUAAAUGGCUCAAUCUAUGAAUCAAAAUUGCUUCGCAAA